GGAAGGGUUAUCUUGUAGGGAUAGAUAUGAGAAAUCUUGGAUAAUGGCAAAAGAUAUGAGAGAGAAAAAUUUCCAGGUACCACCUCAUUUCUCAGGGUCUAGCCGAAGAAAAUAUGAGUACCUUGCAGGUUACUGCCCUUCUAGUACACCACCAGCAUCUUCUGUAGCUUUAAACAUUGCUCUGAGGGAACUGAAAGAACACUUAAAGAAAUCACAAGAACAAGUACACUUUCUUUCACAGUGCAAAGCAGCUCUUUCAAAUGAACUUCUUCAGCUGAAGAAGACAGAAAUUGAUAAUCAAAAGAACUUGGCCAAAUAUAUAAAAGAGAGUCAAGAGUUAAAAGAACGUUUUGUAUCAUUGUCCAAAGAAAAUUCUAAGUAUUUAAAAGAUAUGUCCUGCAUAAUAGAGGAGAAUCGCAGAUUAAAAAUGCAAGUAGCUGCUACCAGUGGAAACUUUAAACAACCACAUGCUGGUGUAACAUAUACACAUUUUCAGCCAUAUCCUACUUAUCCUUGGUGGAAUGGAGAGUCGUCUCAAGAGUUGGACCAAAAACCUUAUAGCUUUUCCUCUGCACUGCAGAAACCAAAUAAUGUUAUACUUGAAAGUUGGGAGGAUAUUUCCCAGAAACUAGUUCUUCAGAUGCAACAGGAAAUGAAAGAAAUGGAAGAACUGGGACAGAAACUUGCUGCUGAAGCAAGUCAAGAAAAUGUAGAAAAUGGCUUAGUUCAUGAAAAUAGUAUUGUGGACUCAAAUGCCAAUUCAGAUGUAGAAGAACUGGAUGAAGAAGAGAUGUUGAAUCUCUGUGCAAGAAUAAAGACAAUAAAAGAUGAAAAUGCAAAAGUUAAAAAGUUACUUCUACAUCAGAAGACUAGUUUACAGGACUUGGUGGACUUAAUAGGAGAAAACCUAAGAGGUAAAACAAGUUCAUACAGAUGUUCAAGUUUCCAAAGUGCCAAUGGACAGGAAUCGGCGAGUAAAGAAUUUAGUUCCGACUCGUCAGCAAAAGAUAAGAUUGAUCCUCGUGCACUCCGACAUGGUCGUCCUUCGGAUGAUACUUUUCGAGCAUAUUUCACUCGGCAGUUACAGAACAGUCCCAUUUCUUCUUCCAGAAUUUCUGAAGAAAUGGCAGACGUUAAAAAUAUACCACCAAAAACACAGAGUCUCCCAUUUGACAGAACAAGUCAGUAUGAUUGUCCCCCAACUCACUGUAUUAUUGAAUGUGCUAGUGAAAGUAAACUCUCUGAUCAGGAUACACAUUCAGCAUCAAACUGGAGAAAAGAUUUUCAGCUAGUGAACAAACCAGUUGUUGAAUUACAACAUGUACCGACACACGUGUUUGAUAAAAUUGAUGAAGCAGAAGAGAUGGUUAUCCCCAGAAAAAACAGUGAAGAAGAGAAAAUUUGUCCCAUGUGUCAGGCAGUGUUCCCUGCCAACUUUCUGCAAUCUGAUUUUGAAAACCACGUGAUUUCUCACUUUGAAUCAGACAACUUAGAGACAUUAACUUUGCUUAAUCAGUAUGAACUUUUAUGAAAACUUAAAUGGACUUGAAUGAUUAUUACUUAUAUCUACAUCUUCUGAGUGAACAUCUGUUAAACAACAGGCAGAAGCACUUUUAUCUGAACUCGUCUCUUUCUCCUUUGCCAGCUAUGUGAUCUUUGACAGAAAAAAAAGCAAUUAAAUGUUGGAAUAAAUGUUUGGGAAAUUUAAUGAUUUACUUUGCAAAAAUGUACUCUUGUUAAAGGUCUGUAGUACUGUUUAUGUUGUACAAGUGUUAAGGAACUCUUUUUAAUCUGUAAAGUUAGUCUUAAAAGUUUUCUUCAUAGCUGUUCAAAGUUAGUUUAAUAUGAAACUAAUUUGUCACAAACUUUCAUAAUAUAGACUGUGAAGUUUUACCACCAGUAUUAAUAAUACUAUAACAAUUUUUUUAGGUGUAUAUUAUAUUAUUUCAUUUUAUUUCUAAUUAUAAGAUUUUUGAUGAUUAGUUACUAUUAAGUCCUUUUGCUACAUGCACCUUCUCAUCCUUUCUGUAGUAGGACUACUGUUAUAUUAUAAUUUCACUUAUAUUAGUUCAUACUGACUUUUUUUUGUCAUUUGCUGGAUGGUGUAAAUUGAAAAAUCAUUUAACAGAAAUGAUAAUAAAAGUUCCCAUCCAAGUAAAGACAUUCCCGAUAUUUUCAACCACUUCAUACUUGAAGAAGACAGAGCAUUAGUCUGUCAAAACAUGUAGUAUGUAUUAAAUCAUUUCAUUAUGCUGACAAAUCAUUGUGUCUUAUAUAUAUAUAUAU